GUACAAAAAAUAAGGUAUAUAUGGUUACAUUAAAAAAAAUAAAGGUGUCUUUCCACACAUUCCAAUAUCAUCACCUGCAAAUAAAACGAAAAAAAAAACACAGAGCUGUAUGUUGGUGUCCCUCAAUCUCCCAGGCCCCUUUUCGUCCAUUUUCUCCGCUGUUGCAGCCGCCGCUCCGCGACGAGCCCUAGCCAUCAUCAAUCAAAAGGUUUGAUUUGACAGGGAAGAAGAAGCUUUGGGUGCCGUCGAUGGGGGCUUUAGUGGAGGAUCAUUACAAUGCGGAGCUGGAGAAUGGGGGAGUGGGGCUUGGGGAUUGCAUUGAUCUCGGGGUUGAGGAUGAACCAGAGACCCUGGCUAUUGAGGAGUCUGUGAGAAUCCUCCUGCAAGGUCUGGGCGAGGAUGUCAAUAGAGAAGGUCUCAGGAAAACCCCUUUUCGGGUCGCCAAGGCCCUCCGCGAGGGCACCAAAGGGUAUAGACAGAAAGUGAAUGAUGUUGUACAUGGUGCCUUAUUCCCAGAAGUUGGGUUGGGAGCAGGUGUGGGUCAUGCUGGUGGGGCCGGCGGGCUUGUGAUCGUCCGUGACAUAGAUCUCUUCUCAUACUGCGAGUCUUGCUUACUCCCCUUCCACAUCAAGUGCCACGUGGGAUACGUCCCAUCUGAACAACGUGUGGUAGGACUCAGCAAGCUCUCCCGUGUGGCUGACAUCUUUGCAAAACGGCUUCAGAAUCCUCAGCAUCUCUCUGAUCAGGUGUGCGCCGCCUUACAGCAAGCAUUCAAUCCAACGGGGGUCGCUCUUCUUCUACAGUGCUCCCACAUCCACAUCCAUCAUGGGUGGGUCAAGGUCUUGGUCACUUCUGGGUCUGGAGUUUUUGAGGACGAGAAAGCUAACGUGUGGACAGACUUUCUGGGUCUCCUGAGAUUGAGAGGAAUAUGUUCGGACACAAAGGAUAUUGAGAGACCGUUUUGCCCCUCCCGCUUUUCAUGCAAGACGCUGCCACCGCUGAAUUCAGUCAUGACUAACGCGGUGGGGUCCAUUCUUUUGUCUCUUGGCGAAGACCCAUUCAGAAAAGAGCUUUUAGGAACACCGUCCCGUUUUGUCAAGUGGUUCACAGACUUCAAGAAUUCCGAUUUGGAAAUGAAGAAACCCUUUGGAGGAUUUGUGAGGUGCGGUUCGGAUUCCGAACCAGAGAUGGUUUCUGAACUGAACUUGCCGUUCUGGUCACAAUGUGAACACCAUCUUCUUCCAUUCUAUGGGGUUGUGCACAUAGGAUACCUUUGUGGUUCAAAUGGAGGAGGAGGAGCCAAAUCAACCUUGCAGUCAAUAGUUCAUUUUCAUGGCUAUAAACUUCAAGUGCAGGAGAGGCUAACAAGACAGAUUGCAGAGAGUGUGGCUUCAGCAACGGGGGAGGAGGACGUAAUCGUAGUUGUCGAAGCCAGCCACACGUGUAUGAUAUCCCGAGGGAUCGAGAAGGUAGGGAGUAACACCGCCACGGUUGCCGUGUUGGGCCGGUUUUCUCGAGAGCCCACUAUGAGGAUGCAAUUUUUGCAGAGCAUUCCCAACUCAUGUGCACUGAAGAGCAAGCCACACCCGCAGCCCCACCUCCGACCGCCGGCAAACACCAACAUCUUCAAAGUCCGCCGGGCAUCGAAUUCCGCCGCCACCAAUACCCUACGCCGGUGACCACUCCGCCUUCUUGCCGCUGUUUCUAAAGCAAAAUUCUCAAGUUCUUCCUCCUCUUUUUCAUCGAGGCGAUAUGGAAGCUUGCUGUGGUGCUACAUCGAUGGCCUCUGUUCAGAAGUCUGUCUGGACAGAAGUGUCUUCUUUGAAUCUGGUGAAGGGCUCUGGAAUAUGUUUGAAUUCUAAUAAAGUUAGGGUCUUUUC